UCACCUCAACUCGAGCGAAUUGCACAUACCGAGCUCAUUGUCAAGUUUAUUGUGCGUGCAACAAUGUGAAGCACAUGCUUUUUUCUCUUUCUUAUUUCAUUCGAUUGGGUUGUGUCGUUUGAGUCAUGACAUUCACAUAGAGCGCGCACAAUUCAUACGAAACGGUAAAACCAGGCUUCCCAUUACAAUGCUCGUUUUUAUAGCUGAAAAAAAAAUCUAAAUGUCAAACAACUCGUAUAACACUUGUCGUCGUGUUUGUUUUUUAAAAUUCAGUUUUAAUGCUAAUGACGUUUUCAAUAUAAUAAAUAGUUCGGUUUUUGAUAUUUAUUUUACUAACCGAUUUUAGUUAAACGACGCCACGAAAAGACAGUUUUGUGUUUGGGUGUGUGCUACACGACUAAGAUUUUUCGGAGCAAACGGAUAACAGCAGGGCAACAUGAACGGGUAUUGGCAGUCGUUAAAACGACGUAAACAAAUUGAUACAAAUGACGAUGGGAAUACACAAUUGGCCAGAGUAUUGAAUUUGUUUGAUUUGACUGCGCUCGGUGUUGGAAGCACUUUGGGCUUAGGUGCGUACGUUCUGGCGGGCUCGGUAGCAUUCCGUGAAGCUGGCCCAGCGGUGGUUAUUUCGUUCUUAAUUGCGGCCCUCGCAUCGGGCAUUUCUGCCAUUUGCUAUGCAGAAUUUGCCAGUCGUGUACCAAAAGCCGGCUCGGCUUACGUUUAUACCUACAUUAGUGUUGGCGAAUUUCUUGCCUACACCAUUGGAUGGAAUUUGAUUCUGGAAUACAUUAUCGGAACAUCAUCGGUGGCUCGUGGAUUGAGUGUCUAUCUUGAUGCAUUGAUUGACAACAAACUGUCCAAUUUCUUCCUGAAUUUAGCCCCAAUGCAUGUGGAAUUUUUGGCUCGAUAUCCAGACUUCUUUUCAUUUGUCGUAGUCCUACUACUAACUGUGUUAUUAUCGAUUGGUGUCAAAGAGAGCAGCAUUUUAAACAACAUAUUCACGAUGGUUAAUUUGGCUACGAUUAUCAUUGUCAUUGUAUCGGGUUCUAUAAAAGCUAAUCCAGCAAAUUGGGCAAUCCGGAAAGAAGACAUUCCGGACGGUAUUCGUGGUGGUAAUGGUGGUUUCAUGCCUUAUGGCUGGGCCGGUGUGAUGGCUGGAGCAGCUAAAUGUUUUUACGGUUUCGUUGGAUUCGAUUGCGUCGCAACGACCGGUGAAGAGGCUAAGAAUCCCAAGAGAAAUAUUCCCCUCUCAAUCGUUUUGUCACUUAUCAUCAUUUUCUUGUCGUAUUUCGGCGUCUCAACCGUACUCACCAUGAUGUGGCCAUACUAUGCACAGGAUCCAGAUGCACCCCUAUCAUAUGUAUACCAUAAAAUUGGAUGGCACACGAUUAAAUGGAUUGUAUCGAUUGGUGCCGUUUUCGCCCUGUUCACAAGUUUGUUGGGUGCGAUGUUCCCACUUCCUCGAGUUUUGUAUGCAAUGUCUUCUGAUGGGCUGCUGUAUAGAGUAUUUAAGCGUGUGAACCUGCGCACAAAAACACCAAUGCAUGCGACAGUAAUAUCAGGUGUUUUUGCGGCUGUGAUGGCACUGUUGUUUGAUUUGCAUCAACUGAUCGAUAUGAUGAGCAUAGGAACACUAAUGGCAUAUACACUUGUUUCAAUUUGCAUUCUGGUGUUGCACUACAAAGAAGAUGAUGAAUCGUAUGUGGAUAAACUGCCAUCGACACAUAAACAAAUCAUAGGGCAAAUAUUAAAUUUGCAUUUCAUAAAGCAGCCAAACAGUUUAUCAUCGAGAAUAACGAAGAUUGCGGUUGUGCUAUUUUCACUGUUGACAGUGAUCUUUUGUAUAUUGUUCGGUACAGAGUGGUCGGAACAUAUGCCCAGUCAAAUGGCUUUGAUAUUGCUGGGCGUUUUGCUGUUUGUUACAUUCCUGGUGAUAACCCGUCAGCCAAAAGCGAAAUUUGAAUCGAGUUUCAAGGUGCCGCUUGUGCCAUUCCUGCCGUUGCUCAGUGUUUUCAUGAAUUUAUAUCUAAUGUUCCAACUGGAUAUUAACACAUGGAUUCGAUUCGGUGUUUGGAUGAUCCUCGGAUACAUCAUCUACUUCACGUAUGGAAUUAAGCAGUCCGUUGAGGGAAAUCGUGAAAAAUUAGAGCUCAGCGAACACGGUCAGAAGACUAAGCAUACAUUCGAAGGCAAAUGCAUACCACGGCCCGUCAAUGCCCACACAAUGCAAUCUAUCGACGAUUUGCAUAAUGCAAACAUUGAAUUCACCACCGGUAGCACCGUACAAUUGAGUCAUCAGUGAUGAAACAAGUGAAAACAAAAUGGCAAUCGAACUUUUGUUAAACAUAAAUUCCGUUUAUUCUUCGUUUUGUGUUAGCCAUUGUGUGUUAUUUUGUGAUUUUGUUCUGAUUUUAGAUUGUUUGCUUCUUUUUUUUUUAAAUUAGGCUUAGAGAAUGUGAGACGAAUGCUUGCAAUGAGUGUUACAAACGAAGCCAGAGACAGGGACAAAAAAUUGUUAGUUAUAAAUUCUGUAAAUUUUAUUAAUAAAACAAAAUGUAUGAAAAUGUCAAUCAAAAGAUCUAAUUAAAAGAAAGAAAGAAUGAAACAAGUAAUAAAA